AUGUCUUCAGCUCAAGAUAGUAAAACUCAUACUCUUAAUUCUAAUCCAGAAAUCCUCUUGAGGAAAAGAAGAAAUGCCGAUAGAACAAGGAUCGAGAAACAAGAAUUAGCAAAGAAAAAGAGAGAAGAACAAAUAAAGAGAAAGAGAAGUAACAAGAACAAAUUUGUCAGAGCUGAAAGUAUAGUUGCAAAGACGUUGGCUACUUCUAGAGAAAAGGAGAGAAUCAAAAGAGUUUCCAUAUUAGAAGACAAGAAAGCCAAGAAUGAGACGCAGCAUAUUGCAUCUGAGAGGGAUUUUAUUUUAAGAAUAACAGAAAAAGCCAUCAAUACAGAAGAAAAAUCUGUCGACUUGGCGGAAAGCGAUGAUGAAGAGGACGAUGGUUUGAUCAGAGAGAAGACUAACUACGACGGUAAACCUGCUUUACUUUUUGUUGUUAGAGUGAGAGGUCCGCUUGCUGUAAAUAUUCCUAACAAAGCAUUCAAAAUUUUAUCUUUGCUUAGAUUGAUUGAAACUGAUACCGGUGUUUUCGUCAAAUUGACCAAGAAUGUAUAUCCGUUGCUGAAGGUUAUUGCACCAUACGUAGUAAUCGGGAAACCUUCUCUAUCUUCUAUUCGUUCUUUGAUCCAGAAGAGAGGUAAAAUAAUGCAUCAAGGUGAUAAUGACGCUGAACCUCACGAAAUAGUUCUCAACGACAAUAACAUUGUUGAGGAAAAAUUAGGAGAGAAUGGAAUUAUUUGUGUCGAAGAUAUCAUUCAUGAAAUUGCCACUAUGGGUGACUCUUUCUCUGUUUGUAACUUUUUCUUGCAACCAUUCAAGUUAAAUAGAGAAGUAUCUGGGUUUGGGUCUUUGAACAAAUUGAGAAAAAUAAAACAACGGGAGGCUGAAUCAAGAACCCGUCAAUUUUCAAAUGCGGCUACUGCACCAGUUAUUGAAGUUGACAUUGACUCUUUAUUAGCUAAGUUAAAUUGA